AUGGCCUCGUCUACACCGUCGUACGCAACGACGGAAUCUUCUGGUCGGCUCCCUCCUACGACGGACGUCGACUCGGCCAACUUGACGCCGUCGGAAAUCCUCACGCUCCUCGACCGUGAUACGGCAUAUGUGUUGGCUAACUAUACUACAUCACUCUCUGUCGACGACGUACGUGCUGGGUAUGGAAUCGACCAUGCUGGUGUUGGUGAUGGACCCACUGCGCCGUUGACGAUUGGCGGUGCCUUGCGCUCGUCGUCACGACGUGCUUUGGGCGUGAAACGCACCUCUGGUUCGACGAUGCGGAAUACGAAACCGUAUGCUGUGCCCGGCUACUCGACUUCGACCGACUCUGGACGACGUCGUGGAUAUUCACUCGAUUCGCAACUGGAUGCGAAACCGGUCGCGGGGUGUGCUGAUCCUUAUUGGCUGCCACCGCCACCGUCGUCGUCUUUACUCCUCUCCCCGACCACGCCCUCGACUUCUGUGCCUUCGUCGACGUCGGACGAAUCUGGUUCGACCCACUCUGCAUCUGAAUCCCCACCUUCGGUCAAAUCCGAACCACUCGAUGCAUCGUUAAUCAAAUCGGAAUCUGCCGACGAUUUGCUCCUUUUCUCGACUUCGACUUCGCUCCCCAACGAAUCGCAUAUGUGGACCUAUUCGACCUCUAGCUCGAUUCACGAGCUCCAAGCACCUGGAUUCAAGCGCACCGACUCGACGGACAAGGUGCGGAUGCGCGUAGGUGAAAUGGCGCAACACCGCGAGUCUGGCACGCUCCCGCCUCAUCUGUCCGCCAACGCCGCUGGCGCGAAUGGAUUGACGAACCGGGAUGCGAAUUAUAUGAAAGGGAUGCAGUAUACGUUUGCGGUUGAUCCUCGUGUCAAACCGCUUAGCACGACGCCGUCCAUGGAUGCCGGUGCUGGACGUGGUGGGGGUGUUAUGGGUAAGAUGCGUGUCAAGCCCAUGGGGAUGCAUCCUCCUCCUGUUCCCGCCAAGGCAUUGAAGCAACAACAGCAACAACAACAGCAGCAGGCUGGUCUUCAGAAUCAGGCUCAGAAGAAUGAGGUUGGUAAAGAUGGAGAUACAACGAUGCACGCUGUGGUCAAGAAUGAGCAUGCGAUGGACGUUAGCGAAGAUCAUGCGUCUGCCGAGGACGACAGUAUGCAGCAUGAUGCGAACCAUGCUGCCACGUCUGUCGAGCAGGACGAUCAGUUGUAUUCAAGGCACGAAGAGGAUGAUGGAGAGGGGACUGGCCAUCAUACACCGACGCAACAUCACAUGUUGCCUUCUCACCACCCCUCUGCGCUCCCUUACCCACCCCCGCCCUCGACGGGACCGGCCGCGCAUGCGCUCUCCAAUGCAUUUACGGGCAACUCGUACAGUAAUGGAUACAACAAUACCUCGUACAAUGGUAGUGGUGGCAACUCGUACGGACGCGCUCAGCACGGUGGCGGCAGCGGCAGCACGCAGCAGGCUCAACCCCAGCACCAGGCUCCGCCCCAGCCCAACAUUAUUCGCUUCCCUACCAUUUUUUCUUCCGAUUUUGGACCGACUGCGCUCUUGUGCGCGGUCCCGACUGCCAACGCGCCCGCGGUCGCGCCUCAUUUCUCGUUUGAGAGCCUUGGAUCCCCCAGCCCUUCUGAAGUCGGCAUGUUCCAGUCCUUUGCCGCGCUUGGAAACACGCUCGAUGGGAUGACGACGAUUCAGUCCAAUGUGACGACGCAGGGCAUUUAUGGUCCUGGUGGUCCACCUUCUGCGUCCUCGACGAGUGGCACUGGUUCCAACUCCUUUGCGCGCGGUGCUGGCGUUGGUAACGCUGGUGGUUAUACUUCUGGAUCGACGGGCGGUUCGUCUGGGCAUCCGGGGAUUGGGAUUGGGAUGCAGACUUCCGGCACUGGAUUCGAUUUUGGUGUCCCUCGUCCGACUUUCGAGUUCCCUAUUGAUGAUAUUCUCAAGGGCGAGCUUGGGGAAGGCGAUGGCGCCCAGGGUGCGUCGACGACGGGUGCGACUUCGGGUGCAGACGCGACGAUGGGAUGGGACACGUCGAAUGACAUGUUUUCAUUUGUCACGGGAUCUGCUGCUGCAUGGGGUGUACAGCCUGCCGAGAUUCAUAGUCCCGGUGGUACACCUGCGAACGGAGUCAAUUCGUCGACGAUGAACCAGAGCGUGCCGCUCGUGACGAGUCCGACUCGAAGGGCGUUUUCUGGACAUCCUACGAGUGCGCGCAGUCCUGCGACGAAUGCGUAUAGCGCUCAGAUUCAGAGUCAUCAGCAGCAACAGCAACAGCAAGCCGUUGGUCAGCAGACGCCGCAUCAAGCAAAGGCGAAUAACACGAGUCCCGUCAGCAUGUCUUCUGGUGGUGUCAAGGGAGAAGGAUACGAUGGGUCUCCCACCUCUGGACAAGGCGCCGUCGCGCAAUCUCCUCAGUCUGUCAGUGGCUCGACGCCUUCUUCCAUGGUUUCUCCUGCCCCCUCCUCGGCUCCGAUGAUCGCCACGGCUACACCUGGUGGUACGGUCGCUGGCACCGCAGCUGGGAGCGUCGUGCCUGGCAAUGUCGGCAAUACCGCGCCUGGUGGCGUGAAGAGCGAGUGCGCCAAUUGUGGUGCGACGCAUACGCCGCUUUGGCGACGAGGACUCAACGACGAGCUCAAUUGCAAUGCGUGUGGAUUGUACUGCAAGUUGCGAGCGCGUCCCAAGAACCUUCGAACGUCGCAUGGUGACCGUGCGGGCAACGCCUGGGGCACCAAGACGGGAGAGACCGAGAUGGUGGGCGAACCAGACUCCUCUUCCCCUCAUUCGUCUCUGCUGCUCGCCCUUGGCGGUCACGCGCGCUUUGCGGUCCCAUCUCCUGGCGAUGAGGAUCUCAGGGGCGGUUUUUUGCGGAGAUCUUCCUCACCUAAUUCACUUUCCUUGGUCCCAUGCACCCUGCUCUCCCAAGAUCGAUCACUGAUCGACCAUUGCUCGCUUACAGUCCAAUGCCACAACUGUGCUACGAUGGCCACCCCGCUGUGGCGAAAGGACGACGAGGGGAAUACCCUGUGCAAUGCAUGCGGCCUUUACUUGAAGCUUCAUGGGACGAGGCGGCCUCUGUCUAUGAAGUCGGAUGUGAUUCGCAAGCGCUCUCGCCAUGAAACGGAGAAGAGGACGAGCGUGUCCAGCAUCAUUACGGUCAUGACUCCAUCUAGUAACCCUCAGAACUCGAGGCGCAACUCGCCCACGCCACCGCCCUCUGCUGGUUCCAGCUCGUCUGGUCCCGAGCAGUACGUCGGUGGGUCGUCCAGCGCCAGUGGUGUCGACCCCAUGCUCUUUCCUUAUGAGCAAGACUUUACCUUUAGCAACGAGACGGACUAUCUCUCGAUGGGAAUGGGAUUCGGAAACGAUCUUUCUUUCACGUCCUUUGGCUACAACAAUCUUCAAGAGUCGAGUUCUUCCAACGCGAGCAAUAACGCCAUGACGCGCAAUGGAUUGGCUAGCCCACGCUCCCCCACCGAGGUUCAGCACAUUGUCGAGACGACAGUGACGGCAGGCAUCGAAAAUGGGGGUGGACAUAGCGCUCCCAAUGCUAAGCGGAGGCGGAUGACAAUCGAGUCGAGCUUUAGCGGAUCCAGCUUUGCGCACACUACUGGCGGCGCCAAUUCUACGCACAGCUCGCCGACGGGUCUCGGGCAAAAGGGUCCCAAUACCUCGCCACCCUUUUUCUCUCUCGACGCCACGCUGAACAAUGUCAACAACUCUUCGAAUGCCGGCAAUGCUGGUGAUCAGUCCAAUGGCGCAGCAUCUCCUACUCGCUCGACCUUUGGAACGAGCUCUCCAGGCCAAGUCGGGCUGACGUAUGACUUUUACGGCUAUCCGAUCCACCCUCCCUUGGUUCCACUCCAUCCGCCCAAUCUCAUGCAUCCUCACUCGACAAUGUGGGAGACGAGCACGCUCCAGCACACUCCCACACAGAGCUCGAUGAAUCGCGCACGUUCGCAAUCGCACUCGCAUUCUCCUUCUCAUUCGAGGAGUGGAUCCACCUCGCACUCUCGUUCCAACUCUCAACACAUCACCAUGCCGCUGUACUUGUAUGACGGCGGCGCGAGCAGCCGAGCCUACGAGACGCACAAUGCACCGACGCCGACUGGAGGAUCCGGUGCAAACGUGUUUGAUUCGACAGAGGAAGAAUUGUUCAACAAUUUGUUUGGCGAGUCGAUGGAGGACAAACGAGUUCAUUACGGCCCAACUGGUGGCAUGUGA